AUUUUGCCUUCUAUUAUUGCUCAUAUUGUUCUGUGCACAAAUAAUGGAGGAAUGAGAAAAUCGGAGAGCGCGAAUCGACUCUCUGAGAGCGAUGUUAGUACUUUAGUUUCUCAGAUAAGAGACUUGGAUAGGAAGAAUGCAGAACUGGAAGAACAAAACAAAAAUUUGGCUUCCAUGCUUGAAACAAAGGAAGCAGGGAGUACUGUGCUGCAGAAACGUUUGAAUGAUCUGGAACAAAAUACUGUACCGUCUUUGAGGAAAGCUCUCAAGGAUGUCGCAAUGGAGAAAGAUGCAGCAGUUGUUGCACGGGAGGAUCUCUCUGCCCAGCUGCGUAUGCUCAAGAAACGUCUAAAGGACGCAGAAGAAGAACAGUAUCGAGCUGAGGAAGAUGCAGCAUCCCUGAGAGCAGAACUCAAUAUGAUACAGCAACAAACAUUGAAUGGCUCACUUUGUGCGCUAAACUCAAUUGCUAAUCCACCUGAUCAGAUAAAAACAUUAGAAAUUGAGUUAGCUAACAUAAAGUCUGAGUUUCAGAGAGAGUCAAUGUUUAGACUGCAAGAACAACAACAAUUAGCAGAGGAGCAGGCUCGAGCAUCCAUCCUUACAUCUGAGAAGCAAGAAUUGGAAGAAAAACUUGCAGUUUUGUCUAGAAAGUCCUCAGCAGUGUCAGACAAAGUGGCCAGCAAGGGAUUUUUAUUAGAAGACAAGGAGAUACUCGAGAAGCAGAUGCAUGACAUGGCUGUAGUGAUUGAGAAAUUGGAAAACAGUAGACAAAAGCUAUUAAUGGAGAUUGAUUCCCAAUCCUCGGAGAUAGAAAGGCUUUUUGAGGAAAACUCUAAUUUAUCUAGUUCUCAUCAGGAGGCUAUGAGUAUAGCUGUGCACUGGGAGAAUCAAGUGAAAGACUAUCUUAAGCAAAAUGAAGAGCUCCGAGGAGUCUUAGAUACGUUAAGAACUGACCAGGCCAAGGGGUUGCUCGAUUCCCAUAACAAGGGCUCUAACAAGACCGGUUUAGCUGAAUAUACACCUGAAGUUCUCUCUAUCAAGGAUCAACUUGCAAAAGAACAGAGCAAAGCAGAGGCAUUAUCAGCUGAGGUAUUACAGCUCUCAGCAAGACUCCAACAAACCACUCAAGCAUACAAUGGGCUUGCACGCCUCUAUAAACCGGUGUUGCGAAACAUAGAAAGCAGUCUCAUUAAGAUGAAAUAAGAUGGCCCUGUGACGGUGCGGUAAAUACAAAACUUUUGCACUACCCGUUUACAUAAAGUUGGUGGAAUUAGCACAUUUUUAUUCUUUCAUUUUUGUAUUCGUGCUCGGCAUCCUU